AACCCGGCAUCCUUAGUCCAUUCAUAGAUGCAGAACCAUCUGACAUCAGUUGAAUUUCAUUUCUAAUUCGUUCAAGUCUUACAGUGUUUUUUUUCUUCGAUCCUCCUGGCAUCCCUUCUCCUCUUCCUCGGUGUCGAUCACUUCUAACAUGUGCACAAGAUUUUCAUUUUAACAAUUCAACAGUGAAAGAGUUAAAGAGGGCGUCUCGAAACUGGUCCUCGAGUUAUGAUUAGUGUGAAUUGUUUCCUUGGGAGGUAAAUGUUCUCAGGAUGAAGAUAUCUCGAUUGACGUCCUUUCUUUUGUGGGUACUCUUCUUGAGCCAGUGCAACGCUUUGUUUUUAAUGUCGAAAGAUAGGUGUCCUGUGGUAAGGCUGUUACAUGGCAAGGUCCGAGCAAGGGCCAGGGGAAGGAUCGUCAGAUUCAGUUGUCUCGAGGGUUUCACUCUCGUAGGUAACAAGUAUUCCACUUGUAUUCAAGGCAAAUGGAAUACACCUACGCCUGUAUGCGUCAACGCAGAAUGCCCUCUGCCUCCGUUGCCCGAACACGCUCUGGUGGCACCAAAAUACAACGGUGCAAUAUUGAUGUAUUUCUGUGAACCCGGUUACGCGUUAAUUGGUCCAACUGAAAUUUUUUGCAACGGCAUGCAGUGGAAUGGAACAACACCCCAUUGUCGAGGUACAAAUGCGGCAGCUCCUAUGCAGUGCGAUUUCGAGAAGCCAGAUCUUUGUUGGUGGGAACAGGAUCCUCAGCAUGAUUUCGAUUGGCGACGACACAAUUUCCAAACACCGAGCUCUCACAUAGGAACUGGUCCAACACACGAUCACACAUUGGGACCUGGAAACGAUGGUUAUUAUUUGUACAUCGAGGCGUCUGGACGAUUGGAGAACGACACGGCAAGAAUCAUUUCACCUAUUUACAACGCUUCUUACACGGAAAAUGGUUGUUUCUCAUUCUGGUACCAUAUGUUUGGAGCCACGACAGGUACUCUAAAUGUGUAUUUCAAAGAAGAGAAGGAAAACUCAUCCCGUUUGAUGUUCACCAAAGACGGUGACCAAGGGAACUAUUGGUUCCAUGGUGUUUUCAAUCUUCCCAAAGCUAAGAAAGGUUUCCAGAUCAUAAUCGAGGGUGUACGUGGCAGUAGUUACGUGAGCGACAUCGCCAUCGACGACGUCGCGAUUCUGCAGGGUGACAAGUGCCCGGAUGCGAGCAAAACGGAAACAGAUGGUGUCACGGAAGGCGACGACGAUCAAAUCGAACAAGUGAAUGCGCAGCAGAGCUGCCGUGGAAGAUGUAAAAAUAGUGUGACAUACAAUUUUACGACCACGAUACUGCCCACGCUGUCCGAUGCUUGUCUUUGUACCCUCGACUGUGCUGAACAUUCGAUUUGUUGCCCGGAUUACGCGGAAUAUUGUGUUCUCGCAUACACGGAAGAAGUGACAACGGCGAUAGCACUAACAACAGUUCACAAUUAUGAAAAUGGCUCGAUUCCAUCUGUAAAAAAUAGCACUGUGUCAAAUAUGACGACAAUGAGGAUUGGUUUUUAUGGUGGCAAAGGUGUCUCCAUAAAUCCGAAAGACGACAUCGACCCCGUCACCCUGAAGCCAUUGCCGACAACCACCAUGAGAGCAACCAGGCCAGAGAUUGAUAAACCGAUGAAUACAACGCGAUCAACCACCUCUGUCGCUGUCACCACCCUGAAAACUGUCCAGACAAAGGAAACACCAUUUGUAAAAGCGACCACCGUUACCGGGAGAUACGUACGAGUGGAUGAGCAAGCUGAUUCCAAUACAAAAAGACAGGAAUCAGAGAAAUUGCAUCGAGCCUCGACGAAAUUCAGUUCCCCUGGGAUUAUAGGUAUAGUUGUGGGUAUCAUAACAGGAAUAACUAUCUCCUCUAUGGUGGUGAUUAUUAUAUUGAGAAGAAGAAAGACCUACAAACGUGGAACGAAUGGAUCGGCUCUAUCAGAGGACAGCGAUGUUCGUUUUCUAACGUCUGACGAGAUCUUAGACUUCACUCUUGCCAGACCCAAUGACAACGAUGAGACAUAAAUGAAAUCUUUUGGGAUACCAAAAAAGUUAUUAAAGAUAAUUGACACGGGGAAUCGCAGCGAAGUCUAGUUUUUGAGGGAGAUAUGUAAAUGUAAUUGUAUUUAAUAAUUAAAGAAGGAUUGAUAUUCAUAAGUAAA